AUGUGUGUGUUGUGUGUUGUUGUGUGUCCAGUGCUGGGGACGCAGGCGGAGGACGUGCAGCGGUUGGUGGAUGUCCUCACAGAGCUGCUCCCUCUCCUCAGCUCCACUCUGAGCCUCAGGCAGGACUUCAGAGAACAGGCCCUGACACACCGCCCUCACCUCAGCUAUGUGGAGGAGAGAGACUGGGCUGGCCUGGGCGCUGUCCGGUAUGAGCCUCAGACUGAAGAACUGAGCCAGGAGCGCUUGAACCACCAGAGGGCGCACAUCAACCACGAGCUGCUCAAGAGACUGCAGGAGCUGGACCCAGACAUGGGCUUCAGUGCGGGUCCAGAGGACCAUGUGGGGGUGUUUGUGGGGAUGGUUUCUGAUGAUGUGGACGUGGCUCAGCUGCUGGACACCAUCACUGUUCUGGGGAGAGACAUCGACGACAGUGGCCGGCUCCUGGACAACAUGGCGGAGGUGGUGAGGAAGGGGAUCCUGGAGGCUGAGCAGCAGCUGCAGAGGGCCUCAGAGGACAAGCUCCUGGAGGAGGGGGCGCUGCGGCAGCUUCCCAUCGUCGCCUCUGUGCUCAACUGGUUUUCCCCGGUGCAGAAGACCAUCAAGGGCCAGAGCUUUAACCUGGCAGCUGGUUCUCUGGAUUCCUCUGAGGACAUCUACUCCACCAGGGCCCAGAGCGAGGGCCCCGACCCCAACACGCUCUGUGUGAAGAGACUGCACCCAGGUCAGAAGAUGUUCCGUCGUUCUGUUGGAGACUCCUUCAGUGAGACCAGCUCCAUGGAUCAGGCUGAGGAGCUGAGUCUGAGCACUGCAGAGAGACCCCCAGGGGCCCCCACUGAGCCUGAGGAGCCUAAGAAGCCUGAGGAGCCUAAGGAGUCUGAGGAGCCUAAGGAGUCUGAGGAGCCGAAGGAGCCCAAGGAGCCUGAGGAGAGUCCCUCUGUCCCAGCUGAGAGUGUGGGGGAGGCUGCAGUGUCCUCAGCAGACCAGCAGGUGGAAGCAGAGGGCAGAUAG